AUGCAGUGUUUUGCUUAUCAGACUCCACCAUAUGGAGAAUGCAGCAAAUCUGUGGAAAGUUCUCCAAGAGCAUCGAGUAAUUUGGAGAGAAAUGUUUUUAACGAGUCUUUGGUGGAUAGAAUGGCACUUUUCUUGACUCUGAAUACAAAGACUACCGCAAAGGAUGAUUAUAAAAGUAUUCGCAGAUUUUUGAAGGAACUUUUGAGGAGGUCACAGUGUAAUAGGAGAUCGGCACUUUUGGCUGCAGCAUAUGUGGAGAAUAUUUAUCAGACUAUGGGAGACGAAAAUGGGGAUGAUUUUGCGAAAUGCGCAAAGAAAGUGUAUCUGUCCUGUCUGAUCAUAUCAAACAAGUUCCUCAAUGAUAAAACAUUGUCGUUUAGAACCUGGCGCCUUGUUUCUGGGCUAACGCCGGCUGAAAUGUCGACUAUGGAACGUUGGUGUUUGGACAAGUUGGAUUAUCACCUUUACAUCAAGGAUGCAGAGUUAUACGAUUUAGAGAAAAGGAUGAGAGCAUUGUCUAAAUUUAAAUAA